GCUGCUGCCGGCGAGCAGCUGAGAGAGGGAGGAGGAGGAGGAGGAGAUCAGGGCUGGUGUGUCAGGUUUCCAUGCACUGCACGUGUGGGUGGUGCGAGCUGUGCCUGCUCCAGCCACGGAGCGAGCUGGGAGCAUGGGGCAGGUGGCUUGGAAGGCUUUAUUCCUGUCCCUUUUCGAUUAUAAAACGGAGAAAUACGUCAUUGCCAAGAACAAGAAGGUUGGGGUCCUCUACAGAGUGGUGCAGCUCUCCAUCCUGGCGUACCUGGUGGGGUGGGUGUUUGUGGUCAAGAAAGGCUACCAGGACACAGACACGUCCCUGCAGAGCUCUGUCAUCACCAAGCUGAAAGGGGUGGCCUUCACCAACACCUCGGAGCUGGGGGAGAGGCUGUGGGAUGUUGCAGACUAUGUCAUCCCUCCCCAGGGUGAAAGCGUCUUCUUUGUCAUGACAAAUCUGAUUGUGACCCCAAACCAGAGACAAUCCACAUGUCCUGAGGUAGGAAGAACUGAGCCCUUUGACCCUCAGACCCCUGCAAAACCAGGGAGUGCCAGCAUUCCUGAUGCCCUGUGUGAGAAGGACACGGACUGCCUGGAAGGGGCGGCAGUGGUGGCUGGCAAUGGGGUUAAGACUGGCCGUUGUUUGAAAGACAGGGGCAGCACCAGAGGGACUUGUGAGAUACUGGCCUGGUGCCCAGUGGAGAAAAGAUCCAAGCCCAAGAAACCCCUUCUGGGCAGUGCAGAAAACUUCACUGUUUACAUCAAGAACUCCAUUCGGUUCCCCAAGUUUAAAUUCUCCAAGAUGAAUGUGCUGGCAACUGACAACGAGUCCUACCUGAAGAGCUGUCGGUACAGCCAGGAGCAUCCCUACUGCCCCAUCUUCGUGCUGGGGAACAUCGUGCGCUGGGCUGGGGGAGACUUCCAGGAAAUGGCCUCGGAGGGUGGUGUGAUAGGAAUUCAGAUUGAAUGGAACUGUGAUCUUGAUAAAGCCCCUUCUGAAUGUAAUCCUCACUAUUCUUUUAGCCGGCUGGAUAACAAGUCUGCAGAAACAUCCAUCUCUUCUGGCUACAACUUCAGGUUUGCCAAGUAUUACCGGGAUGUGGAGGGGGUCGACUACAGGACGCUCAUUAAAGCGUACGGAAUCCGCUUCGACGUGAUGGUGAACGGCAAGGCAGGGAAAUUUAACAUCAUUCCCACCAUUAUCAAUAUCAGCUCGGGGCUGGCACUCAUGGGAGCUGGAGCUUUCUUUUGUGACCUGGUGCUGCUGUAUUUGAUCAAGAAGAGUAACUUUUAUCGAGGCAAAAAGUAUGAGGAAGUCAAGUCCAGCUCCAGGAAGUCCUUGUCCAGCCCUACACUGAACGGCAAUCAGAGCCCAGACCAGCUCGGCGGGCUCUAGGCACAGCAAUGGCUCUGCUGGACUUGUGCUCCAGGAACUCCACACAGGUGUGGCAUCACACCAGCACUGGGAGGUGGACAUAGCCCAGAUCAGGAUUCCCAGAGAGAAAAAAACAUCCUCUAAGGACUGCCUUUCUCCCUGAGAUUUCUCUGGUAUCCUGAGCUUGCAACAGUGUGUCGUCACUAUGGAUUUAUAAAAGGAUUUUUAUAAAAGGACAAAGAAGGCACCAAAUGAAUGUUUUUAUAUCCAGUGAUACAUAUAUCUGUACUUAUGCCAAUAGCCAGCGUUGUCCUGUGGCUGUGCUUUGCUUCCAUGUGCAGAAAAGCUGUGAUGGGAACCACCACUGGCACUUUGGGAAGGGCUGAAGCUGAAACCCAACCUGUUUCCUGCUCUGCUGCCUUGGCAGCCACUGCCUCCAGCUCCUGCCUGGGUGAUGUGACACCAGGUGUGAAGCAGCAGGACUGCUCUGCUCUGGAAGUGCAGGGAAUGUGGCAUUGGAGCAGCUCUUGGAGCUGGGAAGGGGCUGUGACCCUGCAGGGCCUGAGGCAGGGGGGACAGUCACUCUUUUGGGGGUUCAUGCACUGAGAAACAACGUGGCCCUGGAAGCACCUGCACAGGUUCUGCCUCCUUUGUUCAGUGCCUGGUUUCAUUUGCUCAGGAUUGUCCUUCCUGCAUCACUUCCUCAUUUCUCCUGGUGGGCAGAUCUGGAUGGGGCACUCAGUGCUUGUUUCUCACAGUUUCUUCUGUGCUGCAGGCUGGAAAGGGCAGCCAGGGACACAGGCUGUGCCAGCUUCCUCCAAAAACACCAACAGCAGGCAGAGUUAGAAGAAAUCUGCCUGCUACUUCAACACCAGUAACCUCCAGGAAAUACAAGGGCUCCUCCUGCAGCAUCUGAGGGUGGCAUCAAAUGGCACCAGCAGCUGCACCCACCUCUGCUUUAACUUCUUUAAGGCCAUUAUUCUAAGGUACAGGUUCAUCCUAAAAUUCACCUCUGCAGUGGCAAACUCUGAACCCAGUCACUGACAGCAAACCCCACCCAGUCUAGUUCCCCCCCUCUGCUUCUGUGUAUUGAGCAAAACAUGGGGCUAGGAAAUAGAAUUAAACAGUGGAUUCAUUUAGGAUAAGCCAUGUACCUCUGGUGCUCUGAUCUCAUCCAAAGCCUUCUCUCCAUGCCAGAAGUCUCUCCUCAAGGCAAACACAAGUCACCACGUGGGGAACUGCACAACAGUUACCACCACAGCAGCCCAGGCUUUAAGAGUCAGGGUUUAACUGGAGUUGAGUAAUUUCUAGAUGGUGAAACACAGACUGAACCCCCUGUGUGACAUCAGGGCCUGAAGACCAAGCAGUUCCUCCAACGUGCAAAGCUGACUGUGCUGUGCUGAAGCCAUUGUUUUAACUUACCAAAACAUCCUCCUGUGAGAGGACCAAAGCAAUUUCCUGAACCCAAGUCUUCAGACCUCCCAGCUCCCCUAGAAUGUUUCCUUUCUUUAGAUUCUGUAACACAACUCCUACAACCCCUGCUGAUAAUAAAACAUAAGUUUCCUUCUCA